GUGGAAGUAUUUCUGUCAGCUUUGAACAUCUUCCUUGCUAUCACAGCUUCUCUUGGCAAUGCCUUGAUCCUGAAUGCUCUCCCCAAAGUAACUUCUCUUCACUCACCAACAAAACUGCUAUUUGGAAACUUAGCUGUGACUGAUCUCUGCGUUGGACUUAUAUCACAGCCUCUUUUCGUAACAAUUCGGCUUAGCGCCGUUAUAAAGAUGAACUUAGAUAUCCAGUACUAUCUUAUGAACAUUGCAAAUGCCUUCGAUUUCAUUUUGUGUGGAGUUUCCAUCCUCACCUUAAGUGAAAUAAGUGUCGAUAGACUUCUUGCUCUUUUACUGGGAAUAAGAUACAGAACGAUUGUAAAUUUAAAGCACACUCGAGCUCUUCUGUCAUGUUUUUGGUUAAGUGGGAUUUCUGGUGUAUUACUGAGCUUGUUUACGAGCUUUAGUGUCGCUUCUAUAGUAGGCGUCAUUUUUGUAAUCAUUUCUACAGUCAUCUCGAUUUUUUGUUACACGAAGAUCUUUAUGACACUCAGACAAAACGAAACUCAAGUACAAAACCUAGGCCAGAGACGAGAGGGAAUGCCAUCUCAUAUAGGGAGAUACAAAAAGACAGUUUGGAGCAUUGCUUGCGUGCAGUUGGCAUUAAUCGCGUGUUAUAUUCCUUUUAUUAUCUGUGCUAUAGUGAUGAAGAUAAAGGAUUUGAGUGGUACGACAGCGAACACUAUUUGGAUUCAGUCUGAUUUACGUAAACUCUUCAUUGAACCCAAUUCUCUACUGUUGGCGGAUCAAAGACGCUAGACAAGAAGUGAAGGCCACGAUCAGACGGUUUUGUUGCCGCUCAAGUUAAGUUAGACAGAUAGAACGACAGUUUGUCACGAAUAUUGCUCUUUUAGGUCAUUUCUGUGCUGACCUUAUCGCUAAGUGCCUUUAACCAUAUCCAAAAUAUUCCAUUAGAGCCGGAUUUAAUUUAGAGAUGUCAAGUAUAUUUCAUUGGCAAGCACUAACCAUAUAAAAUAUUUAUUCGAUUGACCCCCCGGGGCGCUUAAAUUCGAGGUGGGCGCUUAUUCGAGGCUGGGCGGUUUUUAAAUUUUCACUGUUUUCAGCAAGUGUAGUUUGUUUAUUUCGCAACAAAACAAUAAGUGGUAAUAACGAAACGCGAAGAUGUAACAAAGGAAGGUUUCUGUAAACUACCCCUACUCUGAAUAAAAAUCCUUCUUCGGGGAAGUCUCUUUAUAUUAGUACUUAGUAAGUUUCAGUCUCAUUGUCACCCAAGUGGGUGGGGUAGGGGUGGGCGCUUAUUCGAGGUUAGCCGCUUGUUAACUUUUACUACCUUCAGGAUGGGCGCUUAUUCGAGGUGGGUGCCAAUUCGAGGUUGGGCGCUUAUUCGAAUAAAUACGGUAGUUGUUUGGUGGUUUCUGCAGGCAUAGCUUUAAAACAUGAAAAAUUUGGCCCAACAUUUUCAUGUUUCAACCCAUCUCCAUCCUUGUCAUCCGUUGAAACAGUCGGCAUCAAACACUUUCGGAUCCUUUUACGUUUCUGUGAAACUGCUCACCUACCCCUCCCCUAAACCAACAUUAACACUUAGGUCUUACUUAGGGCAAAAUGUUGGCUAUGGGAGGGGUAGGUGGGCAGUUGACACAACUUUAAAAAAAAUAUAGAUGGAAAGAGAAUUGAAAAUAUCAUAGGCCUAUCAAUUUUGAGGCUUUUAAUUUCUCAACAGCGAGACUCGCUGACGGUUUAAAUAAUGAAUAAAUACAAUCUGUACACUUUACAAAGGGAAACAUCGCUGACGCGUGUGCCUUAACUGCAAACUAGGAAAUAGGAAAUUUGCAUAUGGUCACCUCUUCAGUGCAAAUCAACGCCCGCCCUGCAGCUAAGCAUUUUCUCUUAUUAUUGCGUAACCGACCUAAAAAACCUAUUCCUGAUCACUUAUAGUUUUUACGUAUAUUUGUUUUAAGCGCGUAGUUGAAUUUAUCAUCAUAGCGCAUGUAGGUUAUCUAACAAAUAGAUGGUUCUCCAGUUCUUAAGAUCUCUUAAUAACUUCCUGUUUAGCUGGUAUUGUUCCCAAAUUAGGAAGUAGGGCAAGGUCGUGCGCCAAGUAAGUAAGCAAUUAAUUGAGGGAAAUUAAGGUCUGUAACCUGACAAAAUGUUAUCGAAGCAAUCCGAGGAAUAUGAAUAGAAUACAGCUGAAUAGAAUACAGUUGACUCCCCAUAAUUCAGUGCAAACUUUAUGAAUUAAGAGUUUAUCAAGACAGCUGGUCAUACCUUCCUUCCUUAGACUAGCCUGCGAGGAUAAGACGUUUGCGUCUUCAUGAGUUAAACUCGAAAACAAUGACAAGUUCUGACGAAGUGAACAUCACAACCACGCUGACCCAAGUAAUCCCACUGCAAACAGACGUGGAAGUAUUUCUGUCAGCUUUGAACAUCUUCCUUGCUAUCACAGCUUCUCUUGGCAAUGCCUUGAUCCUGAAUGCUCUCCCCAAAGUAACUUCUCUUCACUCACCAACAAAACUGCUAUUUGGAAACUUAGCUGUGACUGAUCUCUGCGUUGGACUUAUAUCACAGCCUCUUUUCGUAACAAUUCGGCUUAGCGCCGUUAUAAAGAUGAACUUAGAUAUCCAGUACUAUCUUAUGAACAUUGCAAAUGCCUUCGAUUUCAUUUUGUGUGGAGUUUCCAUCCUCACCUUAAGUGAAAUAAGUGUCGAUAGACUUCUUGCUCUUUUACUGGGAAUAAGAUACAGAACGAUUGUAAAUUUAAAGCACACUCGAGCUCUUCUGUCAUGUUUUUGGUUAAGUGGGAUUUCUGGUGUAUUACUGAGCUUGUUUACGAGCUUUAGUGUCGCUUCUAUAGUAGGCGUCAUUUUUGUAAUCAUUUCUACAGUCAUCUCGAUUUUUUGUUACACGAAGAUCUUUAUGACACUCAGACAAAACGAAACUCAAGUACAAAACCUAGGCCAGAGACGAGAGGGAAUGCCAUCUCAUAUAGGGAGAUACAAAAAGACAGUUUGGAGCAUUGCUUGCGUGCAGUUGGCAUUAAUCGCGUGUUAUAUUCCUUUUAUUAUCUGUGCUAUAGUGAUGAAGAUAAAGGAUUUGAGUGGUACGACAGCGAACACUAUUUGGAUUCAGUCUGAUUUACGUAAACUCUUCAUUGAACCCAAUUCUCUACUGUUGGCGGAUCAAAGACGCUAG